AUGGCGGUCACGACCCGAAACCGGACCUCGACUUGCGUCAAACAUGAGGACGAGUGCCCCUCGACCUUACGAGCUCGCCUGCGCAGCGAUCCUCCACCUCAAUGUUCCCCCUCGAAGCCCGCUCCCUAUGAGAAUCUCUACCAGCAGGUUCAGGCCUCUCUAGGAAACUACGGAGAUAAUCCCAAGCGAGGCAAAAUGACGGUUCAGGAACCAGAGAGCAAUGACCCAGCUACCCAGCUUCGAGCUAUACAUGAAUCUGCGACUGAAAACCUCGAGAAAGCACACGCCGAUGUCCAAGCUGAGAUCAAGCACUUCGCCGAAGAAUCUUCCAAGACAUUGGCGCAAAGCAGAGACCUCUACGCCAACAUUGAGUACCCACUGUCAAAAACCCUAUGCGACUCGGAUGACCAUCCUCGAGCAAGCCUCGAAGUCCAUCUGAAUCGUCUCAAACAAGAUAUCGCUGCGGCUAGGGAACAGGUUGUUCGCCUCAGCGCCGAGUGGGAGGAGUGUUGUCGCACCGAAGAAGAAGCGUGGGAUGAGCUCAAGAAUGGCUUAGAACACCGUGGUCGAGGAGCGACUGGUAUGGAUGAGGAAACGAAAGUAGCGGCUGAGGAGUUCAAGAAAGAAGCAAGGGCUAUUGUCGAGGCGAAUUGUCAGCUGUUGGACGAGAUUGACCAGGACUUUAAAAGUAAGAUCCAGGAAGAAACCCAAAGGAUCAUGGCGAGUUUGCUCGCUGGUAUCUGA